AUGCAGGAGGAGCCAGCGCCGCCCAGGAAGCGCGGGGGCGCCGUGCACGGGUCGGCGGCGAGAGAGCAGCAGCAGCAGCAGCAGCAGCAGGCGGACGAGGCGUCGUCGGCGGCGGGGCCGGGGGCGCCGUGCGGCGCGUGCAAGUUCCUGCGGCGGCGGUGCGUGCCGGGGUGCGUGUUCGCGCCGCACUUCAGCGGCAGCGGGCGGGAGCGCGGCGCGGCGCAGUUCGCGGCGGUGCACCGGGUGUUCGGGGCCAGCAACGUGGCCAAGCUGCUGUCGCGCGUGCCCGUGGCGCUGCGCCGGGACACGGCGCGCACCGUCUGCUACGAGGCGCAGGCGCGCAUCGCCGACCCCGUCUACGGCUGCGUCGGCACCAUCCUCGCCCUCCAGCACCAGGUGGCGCUCCUCCAGGGCCAGCUCUCCGUGCUGCAAACCCAGCUCUUCAACUGCAGGCUGGCCCUCGCGAGCACGCACCCGGACAGCGCGGAGCAACUGGCGCUGCUGCAGCCGGCGUACUCCGCGGCGUCGGCGCCGAGCCAGAUGGUGAACUACGACGAUCUUCCGCAGGCCGUGGACUUCAUGGACGUGGAGCCCCAGAUGAGGGGGCUCGAGUCUCUCCAGCUCUCGCAGCCGCCGCACCGAGACGAAGACGAGAGCCAGGGCGUGAGCCCUUUCUCGGAUAAUGCAGGAGGACAACGGCAACUGUGAAAACACGUGUAAUUGCAUAGUGUUUUUGCAAUGUCGUGAUGUCAAGUGCUUCCAUUAAGGAUUAUGUGGUGAUGCUUAAGUCAGU